AUGCAGUUUUGUGGGUUUGUUGAUCUUGACAUUUCACUCUCUGAUGGAAGUAGAGCUGAUAAAUUGUCUCAUUCUUUGGAUAAUGGUCUUCCUUCUAAUGGAGCACAAGGUGUUUCUCUGCCCAUGAAUUAUAUGAGGAAGAAGUCUGCUAUUGUGCACAUGGAGUUUUCCUUCUCACUGAGGUUACUGUUUUUGCUCUUUUGUGAUGGACAACUUGUGUCAUGUUCUGUAAGUAAGAAAGGAUUAAAGCAAGCUGAUUUAAUUAAAGUUGAAAAGAAGCUGGCAUCUGGUUAUGCUGUAUGUGCCUCAGUUGCUUCAGAGCAACAAAUUCUUGCUGUGGGUACAAAAAGGGGAGAUGUUGAAUUGUAUGACCUCACAGAUUCUGCUUCCCUUGUUCGUGUUGUUUCUUUAUAUGACUGGGGGCGUUCAUCAGCUCAACUUCCACAACCUAAACAUUCAAGAUGAAAUCUAAACUUGUUUGCUUUUCAUAUUUACAAUGCCUGUAUAAUUACAGCUUCUUUCCAGUACUACUAAUUUUUCCCUCAAAUUCCUGUAUAAUAUAGCUCCA